AUGUCAACAAACACCGACGAGACCUGCCUCAAACUAGAUCUUGACGAUGGAAUCGACUCGCCUAACGGACGGACUGUUUAUCGGCACGAAUCUAAUAGCCUGGGCCUGUUCGAUCUAGAGGAGAUGCAGGACAGGCCACCCGGAUCCAUUGACUACUACAAAUUCUACUGCAGCAAGGAAGAUUGCAGCUCGGAGCAGAACCAUAGGGUGGCCUUGGAUGAGAUCACAAAUUGGUUCGAGGGGAUUCAUGGAGGACAUCGGCUUGACCGGGGACGAUCGCCUACUGUUGGUGGGAUUCGCCGUCAGCGCCGCGGUAGAAAGGCAAGUCUUGCACUGGAGGGUACCACAAACCAGGGUCAAAGCGGUCUGCAAAUGUCCAGCAUCGAACCCAGCUCACUCGGAACAGAGACCAGAGGUGAAGAGACUCAACAUGAUCCUAUUUUAUCAAGGCUUUCAUGUGAUGUGCGGAAAGAACGUCACCCCUGGGAAUACCACUGGGGUGAUAGUUCGCCGCUGGAUCAUGAAUCAGGAAUAUCCUCAUCCAAGCGGCCCAGACUACGAAGAAGGCUAGUACAUACAACUGCAUCCCCCGAACUUACGAGACAAGACCACUUUGCAGUCAGUUCAAACUGUAAAAGGCGAGGCCUUGGUGGUCGCUUCGCUCAACGCCUACACGCCAUUCGCGCCCUUCGAGCCCCCAGGUCGAAGGACCGAUCCCUUGAUCACGAGCGAGAUGGAAAGCCCCGUGUCUCUCAAGCAUCACCAAAGAGAGACUUUUUCUCCCAUUAUAUGAAAAAAAUUGCGAAUACGACAACCAAACGUGUUGACAGACCCUGCAAUUCUAUCGUUGAGACUGAGAGUCAAGAGACCAGCCACGAUCUUCCCAGUGAACCGCGAAGCGACUGCGUAGUGCCUGAGAUACAUCAGAUCUCACCAACAACGAUAGAUCAAAGCUCGGUUGACCAGGGAUCUACACUAGUUGGCAAGAUCGAUGGCAAUACACGGCUCGCACCACAGCACAGUUGGACCCUCCCCCACGACGUACCAUUCCCCCAAGUCGCUGCAUCUGGAAGCGUCGAUCGAACAUUUGAGGAUAACGGGUAUGAUACGGUGUCCUUAGGAUCCCAAGAUGAGGGACAAGACGCGUCAAGUGAGAGCAGUAGGGCAAAUGGCGGCAAUGGCGGCAGUAAGGGAAAUCAUCAUGUCCGCCGCUCAGAAACCAUUGGUGGUGGCGAUGCGAUUGAUGAUGACAACUGGUCUGAAGACAGUGUUCAGAAAUUUGCGAAGAGGAGAAGCACAGUCUCUCGAGAAGUGGCCAUGGGACCUGAAGCAGCGCGUAAGUUACAUUGGAGAUUGAAUGGGUGA